UAUUGCUCGAUGGGAUGAUGUCAAUUGUCAAUAAUGUUCUGAUUUAUUUAUAUUUAUCAUAUUUAUAUACUUUUACCAGCAGUUAUAAAUAUAUAAAGUUAUAUAUAUAAAGUUUUUCGGAAAUAUGGACCCUUCAAAGAAAAUUUCUUUUGGAUUUAGCAAAACGAAUAAAAAACCAUUGAUUUUUAACAAACCCUUAGAUAAAAAAGUUGAUUAUAUUGUCAGUUUAGAGGGUCAAUCAGUCAAACUGAAGGAUGAAUCAAAAGAAGUUGAGAAAGCUCCUUUAAUUAUACCCCUAAAGGAUAAUCAGAAAGAUCUGCUACAAAGAGUUAGGGAUAUGAAAGCCAAACAAAAAAACACUACAAAGAAUGGAAAUGAUUCAAUUGAAGACAACAGACCUGAUUCUGACUUAACAACAGAAGAAUUGGCAGCUCGGGAGAUAGUAAGAGAGGCAAAACAAAGAUUAGCUCAAAACGACAUAACUGCUAGUAAAGUUUUUGUGGUCCCUGCAAAGAACGCAGAUGAACUUCCCUUAGAAGGUAAGAUGGAAUCAACGUUGGUUGAUUAUGAAAAUAUUCCAGUGAAUGAUUUUGGUCUAGCAAUGCUCAGGGGAAUGGGGUGGAAAGAGGGAUUGAGUAUUGGGAAAAAUCCAGUCAAGAUUGCAGCUGUGAAAGCACCAGAUCUGAGACCUAAAGGUUUGGGAUUAGGAGCAAGUGUUUUAAUUAAUUCGGAAACUCCAUUACAACCAGCUAUAGAUAAUAAAGGUCAAGCACUGGUAUUGAAAAAAGGUUGUUAUGCAAGAAUAAUUGCUGGAAACAACAAAGGAAGUUACUGUGAAGUUCAAGGAUUAGAUGAUGAAGCUGGAAGGGUGGUUGUUAAAACUUCUCUUAAAAGUAACAUAUUGACCUUAAAUGAGUUUAUGCUGGUUCCUGUUACAAAGGAAGAAUAUUCAAAAAGUUCCAAGGUGAUAAAUAGUGCCAUGUACAAAGAAUAUAAAGAGAUGGACGAGAAUAGAAUUAAAACAGAAAUAAAAACUGAAUAUAAGGAAAAGAACUCUACAAAUACGGUAUAUAAAGGAGGGUCCAACAUAAAAAACGAUGAAGGAUCUGAUGCCGAAAGAAAAUAUAGCAUUGUUAAGACAAGGCCAGAAGGAACCAAUAACUCUUCUGGCGAUGAUCAAUAUUAUAAGAGAUCUAGCAGUAAAAGUAGUAGUAGUAGAGACAAAGAAAAAUUUAGUCGACGUUCUAGGAAGUAUAAAGAUUCUUCAGAUUUAGAUAGUGAUCACGGAAAAUCGAAGAGAGUGCAUAAAAGAAAAGACAAAAGGAGGCAUAGGGAUAAAAGCCGGUCACCGUAUGUUAAAUCAAAAUAUAAGAAUAAGAAAUCAUCCAAAAGCAAACAUCGAUAUAGUUCAUCUUCAGACUCUGAUUAUGAUAGUAGAUCAAAAUCUAGGAAUGACAGAAGCAGUAGCAGCGGUAGUGACUAUGAUAGGCAUAAGCGGAGAAAUAAGAGAUAGACUAAUAAUAAUGGUUUUUAUUAAAAUUGUACAUUUUUUUAAGAAUUCUUCAAUUAAAUUUGUUCCCUUUAAUUAUUUGUGAUGUCUAAAUUCUAAAUUAAAUUUAG